AUGAUCCUAAUCUUAGUAAUCAAUAUAAUCAAAAUUUGUUCUUAUAACGUUUCAGAACUAAAAAUUUCUUUAUACCCAACUGUAGGAGAAUUUUAUGAAUACUAUAUGGAGAGUUUGUUAUAAGAAUCUUAAUUAAUUUGCAAAAUGCAUCCUUAAAUUCCAAAUGUGUAAGUAAUCAAUUAAUGUGAAGAAAUAUACUAAAUUUAAGGACAAUGUAAAUUAUUAAGAUUAUUAUUAUAGAAUUUAUUUCAAUGUCGUCAAAUAAUACACAUUUUGGUACAUUAUCUAAUAAUAAUGAAAUAAUUAUAUAUGAAUGGAAGAAUUAAAUGAUUCAAUAAGUUGGAGUAUCUGUAUUAAUUGAUCCUUUAUAUAAUUGUUUUAAUAUCGAUUUGUUCUAAAAUUAGAAAAUUUUGGUGGAUUGCUAUUAUAACAAUUAAGUCUUAUUAAUUCAAAUAAUAGAUUCUUAAUCAAUAAUUGCUUAUUAAAUAUAAUCAAAUAUACCUACUUCAACUAAAAUAUAAUCAAUUUUAAAUGGAACAAAUACAUUUAUUGUAUAUGCCUAAUAUUUUAAGAAAUAUUCAAUACUUACACUAUUUUCAUCAUCAUUCUAAAAUUUAAGUAGCUUAAAUAACUAAUUUAUCGAUUUUGAUAUACCUAUUACAAUAAGUCCAAAUAUUUAUGCAAUUACUUCCUAAGAGUUAUUUUAGUUAUCUAUAUCUUCAGAUUCUUAAUUUAAUUUUGUGUAUAAUUUUAGCCCUAAUAAUAUGAGUAAUUAUAAAACUAUUAAUGUUUUUUAUAAUUUAUGGAGUUAUUCUUAAUGCGAUUAAAUAUAUUUAUUAUGCCAAAAAGGGUUCAAUACCUAAUCAGAAUUUACAGUGGUUGAAUUAUUGGGAUGUGAAAGAUAAAUAAUCUUCUAAAAUCAUAAUUGCCCAAUUAACAAUUGUUAGUCCAUUCAGAAUAUACUCUAAAAUGCUUAAUUUAUAAUCUAUAAAUCAAUUUAUGAAAUGGCUAUUUUUUAAAAGGAAAAAACAUAAAUAUUUUACUUUUAUCAAAAUAAUCAAAGUAAUUAACUAUUAUAUUUCAAUAACGAUAAUGAAUUAUUUUAAUUUAAUAAAGAAAUUGUUGUUUAUUAAAUUUCACAGCCAUCCAUGUAAAUCAAUUUGACUAAUUCUGAAACUCCAGAAAAUUCAUCCUACAUUAAUUUAAUGUGUUCCAAUUAUAAUUAAACUUAUAAUUUUAGUCUAAUUAAUAUAUAUCUUUAAAUACUAUCUAAGUAAGAUACAAAUAUUUAUGUAAUGUCUAAUGAUGGGUUUAAUAAUUUACAUUUUUUAUAAAGUUCUUCUCUAAUAUUUAAUUUUUCUGGUUAUUCAGGUUAAUUAUUAAAUUAUACUUUAAAUAAAAAUGAAUCCUAUUUUAAUGUUAAUCCAAUAACUUUAUAAAAUUAUGGUAAAAUUAAUUAGACUUAUUAGCUUUUAUAAAUUUUAGUAGUAAAUUUCAAUCAAUAUUUAAUUGGUUAUCAUAAUUAAUAUCUUGAAAUAUUUAAUUUCUUUUUUAACUUCAACAAUUAUUCUUACUAUUUAAUCCCAUCACAAUCACAAUCAAUUAAUAUCCCUGUAAAUGCAAGUUCUUUAUAAGUUGCCUAUAGUAUUUAUCCAAGUAUGCUUAUAAUUGGUCUCAGUACUAAUGAUUCAAUCUAUUUGAUUUAGUACAACUAUGAUUUAAAUAGUAUCAUUAGUUCAAAUUAUACUUUUGUAUAAUAAUUCUCAGAUUUUAUAGUAACAUACAAUAGUAUAAUAAUUCUAAUUUCAAUAUAAGAAAUUCAAAUAUUAACAUUUAAUUAUACAGUUACAUAUACUUUAAAUUAAUAGUCAAUAAAUAAAUUAUUUAAUAACAUUACAUUCAAUCCAUUAUAAAUAGUUGUGAAUACAUAAUCAUAAUCAUCUUUUGUAUAUAUCAACAAUAUAAAUGAAGUAAUAAUAAUAUCAAUAGAUUAAAAUAGUUAUCCAAUACCAAUAUCCUUGAUUUAAGUCAAUUUUACAAUAAAAUAAAUAAAUUUAGUAAACUAAUAAUUGAUAUUAUCAUAUAUAUGUAAUAAUCAAAACAAUAUUUGCUUCUAAGUUUGGAAUGUGUAAAAUUUACCAAAAUAUUAUUAUGUAAAGAAUCUAUAUAGUGUUAAUUUUGAUAAUAAUAUAAUAAUAUAAUCAGAUAACUUAUUUUUUUAUGUUACUUUUAACAAUUAUACUGUUUAUGUUUAUAAUCCUUCAUUUCCAUAACAUAUGAGUUUAUAUUAUAAAUUAAAAUUCACAUCACCUAUUUAAUGUACUGAGUAAUUUAAUUUAAACAAUCCAUAAUCAAUAAUAAUUACUAACAAUACUGUCUAUAUUCUUUCUGAUUAACUAAAGUUUAAUCUAACUUAUUAAUAAUCCAAUUAUGUAUUUAACAAUUCAAUAAGUUAUCCUUAAUUAACAUUUAAUUAUACUGUAACUUCAGCAUUAAAUAACAAUACUUUUUAGCAAACUCCUAAUUAAACUGCAACUUUUUAUUCAAACUUCACAGUGUUUUAGAAUUAAACAAAUCCACCAGUAAAUCUAAAUAAAGAUAAUAUUAUUCCUUAUUCUAAAAAUUUCUCAUAUCCAAUGAAUUUAAUUCUUGAUAGAUAAGUCGGAUAUUGUUAUCUAAAUAAAACCCUAGGUUUAAAUAAAUAUUGUAGUUUAACUUAAUUUUUUCAUUAGUAUAGUAACAUUUCUAAUAUUCAGAAUUACUCCUUAAUUACUUCAAUAAAUAACGAAUUUUUUGCUCUACAGAAUAACUCUUACAUUUAAACCUUAAGUAGCGAUUUAAAAUAUCUAUUUAAUUUUGAUUAUAAAAAUCUUAGUUUUAGUUAAUGCAUAAAUUCAACAUCAUAUAUUUACUCAUUAUAUUCAAUUUGUGAAAAUAGUACUUCAUAAUACUUACUUAAUUUUACAUUAAAUAUUUCAGGCAAUAUAGUAAAUAUAAAUACAACUUAACUUCCUUAAACUUUUUAAAUGAUUUUCAAAAUAAGCAGCAUUUUAAAUUAAUUAUUUAUAUUAGGUACCUUUAAUUAAAUAGAAUAACCAUAAUAAUUGUAUUGGUUUAACUAAUAUAAUAAUACCUUUUACUUGAUAUCUGAUUCAAAUAGUUCAUGUCAAGAUUUUUCGGUGGCUUAAAUAGUUACUAAAAAUACUCUUAUUUAAAUAUCUUAAUAACUAAUUAUAUUUUAUAUACAAUUAAGUAAAAAAGUUUAAUCCCUUUUAUUAAAAUAAGUAUCAAUUAAAAAUAACUUAAUCCAUAUCCAAAAUAGUUAAUUUGUAAAAUCUUCUCAUUUCUAAAACUAAAAUAAUUUUCCUGAAAUACUUCCUUCGUUUGUUUUAAUUAUGUAAGCAUACAAAAAUAGAGCAAUUUUUUUAUUGAGUAAUUUUAAUAAUCAGACUAUAAGUGAAAUAGUUGAAAGUAGAUUUCAUUAAAAUGAAUCUUAUAAUGUAAUUAUUGGAACUAUUCCAAAUUAUGGUAAUUUAACAAAUACUGGCCAUUCUUUUUAUAAAAAUGGUGUUUUGAUGCAAUAAUUUUAUUCUAACACAGUAAACAUUGUUGGAGUUUAUUAUUUAAAUAAUAAUAAUUAUUUGAAUAAUCUCUUAAAUGAAGAUAUAUUGGAACCAAUUUUGAUGUAAGGUUCAUUCAAUACUACAAAUGUCAAUUAUGCAAUGAUUGUAAAUUUAUAAUAUCAAAAUGGAACAUCCCUUUAUAUUUCUAACUAAAUAAUAUUUAAUUAUUCAUUAAGUACUUGGAAUGUAACAUGUAUUUUGAAUAGCCACACAAAAUAUGAAACUAAUGUUACUAUAUUUUGUGAUAAUGAAUUUUCAAAUGGUAUUUAUAACAUUUUCUUCUAUCCUCCUUAAUUAGACAAAGUUAGUAAAAGGUGGAUAUAUGCUCUAAUUACAAUUAUUGCUUUGCUUUUAUUUUAUUUUUACAUUAAAGUUCAAUAAAAGAUUAGGAAUUAAGGAUAUAUUUAAUCAGAAAUUGAAUUAUGA